AUAAACCGCUACUUUAUUCCCACGCUUUGAACCUCGCGGUUUAUACAAUGGCGCGGCUAAUUUAUGGAUUUUUCCCGCUUUCACAAGAUUCAUGCCGCCAAAAAACUGAGCACCGUCACAUUAUGUGACGUAAAUCGAGCGCGCUCAAACUUCCCAUCAUUCUGAUUACGGUAGUAAUUUUGUCACCCUCAUCAUGGCAAAGACACGGAGAAAUGCAUAUGAUGCAGCUUUCAAGUUGAAGGCGAUCGAUCUGGCUGUUGGAAAAGGAAAUAGAGCUGCUGCACGGGAGCUUGGCCUUAAUGAGUCGAUGAUAAGACGUUGGAAAGCAGCGUGAGGAACUGACUCAGUGCAAAAAGACAACAACAGCUUUCAGAGGGAAGAAAAGCAGAUGGCCCAAAGUAUUUGCAGCCACUCGACAUCAGUGUAAAUCGUGCAUUUAAGGUGGCGCUCCUUGUUCAGUGGGAGGCUUGGAUGACAAGUGGGGAGAAAUCCUUCACUAAAACGGGCCGCAUGCGAAGAGCAACUUAUGGUCAAGUCUGCCAGUGGGUCCUGACAGCGUGGAGCAUUGUCAAAAAAUCUACUAUCAUCAACGGGUUUCGAAAGGCUGGACUGCUGCGUGUUGAAGGGGCAGCAUGAGCUCAGCGGGGUAUUUGCCUCCGGAUGAAAGUGACGAGAGCGACAAUGAAAACGAUCCAACAUCGGAUGAAGCAAUUCUGAGGCUAUUCAACUCCGACACCGAAGGAGAUGGCUUCAGUGGUUUCAGUGCACAGGAGGAGGAAGAUAGUGACCAAUGACUUUCUUGGAUGGAAACGGAACAGUGAAUCGGGUCAUUAGGAUGGGGACCAGGAAGAGCCAGUUGGCUCGCAUCCAGACUAAUUAUGUGGCAGAGAAACUGAAGACACUUUAUCCAGAUGUCCAUCUUGAAAUAGUUGCCAUGUCCACAAUUGGUGACAAAAUCUUGGACACUGCAUUAUCAAAGAUAGGUGAGAAAAGUCUUUUCACAAAGGAGCUCGAGAAUGCUCUGGAGAGGAAUGAGGUAGACCUAGUAGUGCACUCUCUCAAAGACCUCCCUACAACUCUGCCCAAUGGCUUCACUAUAGGAGCAGUGCUUCAGCGUGAAAGCCCACAUGAUGCAGUCGUGCUACAUCCAAAGAACAGUGGACUGACCCUGGACACUUUGCCAGAUGGCAGUGUGAUUGGUACUAGCUCUCUGCGUCGAGCUGCUCAGCUGAAGAAGAGGUUUCCUCAUCUGGAGUUUAAAGACAUUCGAGGUAACCUCAACACUCGUCUGAAGAAGCUGGAUGAAAAGGAGGACUAUGCUGCCAUCAUCCUGGCGGCAGCAGGGCUGAAGAGGAUGGGGUGGGAGGCACGAGUCAGCCAGGUUCUUGGCCCUGAGGACUGUAUGUAUGCUGUUGGCCAGGGUGCCCUUGCCGUGGAGGUGCGGGCGCGAGACUGUGACAUCUUGGAGAUGGUGUCUACCCUGCACCACUCAGAGACUGUGCUGCGCUGCAUAGCAGAGAGGGCCUUUCUCAGACGCCUGGAGGGAGGUUGCAGUGUACCAGUUGCUGUGAACACAGAAGUGAAGGACUCGGUGCUCUCUCUGACUGGUGCUGUGUACAGCCUAGAUGGAGCUGACAGCUUGAAGGAGGCCAUGGAAACCAGUGUAGACCCAGGAAAUAAGUUAGUGUCGGCGGCAGACAUCCAGCAUGUUGGGGUUACAGCCCACAAUGUGCCUCAGUGUGCCCAGGUAGCAGCUGAGAAGCUGGGGGUGGACCUGGCCGAUCUCCUGCUCAGCAAAGGAGCCAUGGAGAUCCUGACCACUGCUCGGAAACUCAACGACGCACGCUAAGGCCCUCUCUCCACUCCUACAGCGGGUCCCAAUUUGCUCCCUACCCCUUCCUUUGGCUCUCUAACCUUUUGGCCAAGGGGAACAAGUAGGGAGUGGAUUGGGACUGGCUGCCUAACACUGUGCAAGCCAUCGUCAGCAUCCAAGACCAGCAGAAGUCGGCAGGGUCUUGAAUAAUAUUUACUCUGAAUAUGUAUAGAUUCACCUCAGUUGUAUUGUAUAAGCUACAUGUAUAUGAUCCUAUUUAUGUAUGAGCUACUACUCUGGGUAAAUACUAGGUGAAAAUUUGUAUAGAUGCUGAGGGUUAAGAAUGUACCAAACAAAAAUUUCUGUGACCAACUCCACACACAGUAUUACAACUGAACCGUAUGACACAUCUCAGGCAAGGCCCCUGGCCUUUUUUUAAUCACUUUUCUAAGCAAGAACAAAAUGAUGUUCAAAUCUGGAAUCUAUUGACAGCAAGAGAAUGUUGUCACAAGUGAAUAUAUAACUAUCAACUCUUACUGGAAAAUGUAUCAUACCGAUAGUGCCAUGUAUGUAUACAUUAUGUGCUUUCUAUGAAGCCUUUAUCUGCUUCAGCUCUAUAAAUACCGACCAGUUGUACUGA